UUCCCCUCAAGCGGGCGGAAGUGGCUGUGGCGGUUCCAGCCAUGGCGGCGGCGGCCACUCCCGGAGCGGCGGGGCCGGGAAUGGCGGCGGGAGCCGGGCCCGGUGCCGCGGUGGUGGCGGCGGGGCCCGGACCGGGUCCCGGAGCGGUGGCGGGAGGCGGCGGGGCCGCGGUGAAGAGCGGCGAGGAGCGGCUGAAGGAGAUGGAGGCGGAGAUGGCGCUGUUCGAGCAGGAGGUGCUGGGCGCUCCAGGCCCCGCCCCCGGGGACCCUUUGGCUCCGCCCCCCGUCCUGCGCCCGAUCAUCGCCACCAACACCUACCAGCAGGUCCAGCAGUCCCUCGAGGCUCGCGCCGCCGCCGCCGCCACCGUCCCCCCCCUGGGGACACCGCCGGUGCCGUUCGUGGGGCCAGUGUCCCCGCAGCGCCCGCCCAUCCUGCGCCCGGCCUUCGUGCCACACGUGCUGCAGCGCCCGGCGGGUCCCCGCGGUCCCCUGGGCCUGCGCCCCCCCCCCCGGGGCCAUGGUGGGGGUGGGGCCUCCCCUGGGGGCUCCCCCCGCCCCCCCCCCUGCUGCUCGCCCCUCCCCCACUGCAGAGACCCCCCCCCACCCCCCUGGGGGCGGGGGGGGGAGGGGCGCCCGUGCCCCCCCUGCCCCCGGUGGCCGCGGGACCCCGAGUGCCCCCCCCGGGCCCCCCCCCGGGCCCCCCCCAAACCGACCCCGCCCGUCAUCCAGGCCGCGCCCCACCGUCUACCCCGCCCCCCCCCGCCGCGCCCGACUCCGCCCCCUUUAACCAUUCUGACCCCACCCCCACAGGAGGAGACCCCGCCCCCCAGGGCCCCGCCCCCUGAAGAGCCUCGGAUUGGGCCCAGCCUCCCGGCUCCGCCCCCUGCCAUGGCCACGCCCCCUCCGGAGCCACGCCCUGGCCCUGCCCACAUCGCACCGGUGCCACGCCCCCUGCGCAGGCCACGCCCACAGGAUCCGCCCUUCCCUGUGCCUGAGGUGGGGGCGGAGCCGGCGGCCGAGGACAAGCGGAAGGGGCGGGGCGAGCGGCUGAAGCGCUGCAUCCGCACGGCGGCCGGGAGCAGCUGGGAGGAUCCCAGUCUGCUGGAGUGGGAUGCUGACCAUUUCCAGAUCUUUCUUUGGGAUUUGGAGAAUGAGGUCAAUGGUGACACCUUGAGCCUGACCACGCCCUUUGGGGUGUCCCCGUGACCCUGUGUGACCUCAUAACGACCCCAUAACCUCAGUAAUGAUUCCAGAACCCCAAAAUGACCCAAAA